AUGGCUAUCAAAAACUUUCGUGAACGUAUUAUAGAAUCUUGCGGAAUCUCAGUUUGUCUCGCAGUUGUAACGACAGUUUAUCUUUGUCUUACCCGUUUUGAGUCUAAAGAAUCCAAUCUUCUAAACUAUGGAAUCUAUUACUAUUUUGUUGUGAAAACCUUGUAUGGCAGUAUUAUCGCCCAUAUGAUACCAUCAUUUUCAAUAUUUUAUCUUCUUUUAAUAAUUGGGCUUCUAUUAUUACAAUACACUACUGGUACCAACUACAUUAGUUAUGUCCAGUCUUCUGAAACGCUAAACGGUCCAGACGUUCCGUGGCUUAUAUUGGGAAUCGUAAUUGGACUUUUGUUGUAUCCGAUUAUUCUAAUAAUCGUUAUGGCAAUUCAGUAUCGCUUGUAUUUUAAAUGGUUGGAAAAUAACUAUAAAAAUAAUCCAGAUACACUUUAUGAUUAUUUUCUUCAUUCUAAAUCAUACACAAUUUUUAUUAUAGUAUGUUCAAUUUAUCGCCCACUUAGCGCAGGCGAAGUUGAAAUGAUUAAAAAGUGGAUUAAAUCACCUUUCAUUAAAAUGGAGUUAUCUACUGACCAUGAAAAUCGGUAUUUAUCGAGCAUUCAGUUAUCAGAUAGCCCUUGUGCUUUGACUUUUGCUGAAGUAAUUUAUAAGCUAGCUUUUGAAGAAUUUUUUAUAUUUAAAGAAAGUCUAGCAGAUGAUAAUAUGAAACCUACCACCAUUUUAAUUAUUUCGGUAUUGUUGCCUGCUGACGAUAAUUUAACAAAAAUCCCCCCGUUUGCUAAUGUUUCCGUUGGACAGUAUGAUUCUUCCAGUCCACUUACUCAGCAAUUUAUUAAUGAAUUAUCAGCAAUUGUUAGUAAUUAUUCGUUUGAUGCAACGCAAUUCAAUGCUACUUCUUUAGAUUAUGUUUUCACACUGUUACUAGCUGAUAUUUCAAAGAAAUUGAAACCGAUUAAUAAGAUUCUAACGGUGACGGCGGGCCAAUAUCCUAUAUCUGGUUUAAACUCUAGCAUUACUAAUUUUGUAAAUAUUCAGGCAUUUUAUCUUAAUAUUAAUGCCAAAUAUGCAAGCGCUGGAAUAAAUAAUAUUAAAAAAAUUUUUAAUGUCUGGAAUACCAGGAUAAACAUGUCAAAUCUUGUUUUGGGAAUCAAUUUUGGUGGAAUUGUUGAAUUGAUUAAUUCUGAUAAUAUUACAAGGGAUACUAUUAAUAACAACCUUACGAUUAUUAAUGAAACAAAUAUUCAAUACCCAUUUUCUGAUGAACUGAUUUCAGAUCCGUGUAGAGUUUCAGCAUAUGCAUCUUGGUCAUGGAAAAAUUUGACACAACAGCCAUAUAUUUACCUACAACAACCAAAUUCUUCUACACGAUUCUAUUACGUUUCUUAUGAAGACUUUCAAUCAUUACAAUCCAAACUUGAUUUUGUACAGCAGGUUAAUGCGUUAGGAAUUGCAAUUUUCGAUAUUACUACAUUAAUGCAUUUCGAAACAAAUCAUACAGGUCCUUAUCAUUCUCCUCCUCAACAUCCUCAUAAUCCUCCUCCUCCUCAUCAUUCUCCUCCUCAACAUCCUCAUAAUCCUCCUCCUCCUCAUAAUACUCCUCAUCAUAAUCCUCCUCAUAAUCCUCAUGCUCCUCCUUAUCAUAAUCCUCCUCCUCAUCAUAAUCCUAUUCCUCCUCAACCUAAUCCUAUGCCUCAUCAACCUAAUCCUAUUCCUCCUCAACCUAAUCCUCCUCAUCCUCCUCCUCCUCAACAUCCUCCUCCUCCUCCUCAUAAUCCUCCUCCUCCUCAACAUCCUCCUCCUCCUCCUCCCCCUCAUAAUCCUCCUCCUUCUCCUCCUCCAAAUUCAGAUAAAAAUAGUGAUAAUAAUCAUUCGCCCUUUGCAGCAGUAAUGGGCGGUGUAGUAUACACAAAUAAUAAUGCUUGUUCAGAUACAAAUCGUCAGGUUUACUCUGAUAUAAGUCGUCAGAUUCUCUCAGAUACAGAUAAUCAUGUUUAUUCUGAUACAAAUAAAAUGGAUUGA